CCACCCCCCCCCCCAAACACCGCUCGACCGGGCACCGACACAAACCCACACACACGCCACGAUGUUAUCACGAACGACAGCACCGACAGCAAAGUCCUCAGCCCAGGCCCUCUCCAGGGCGGUGGCACCGGCGGCGGCGGCAGGAGUGGCGGCCAGCGGCACAUCCCCACGAAGCUUCGCGACCGUCCAGGAUGGCAACCCGGUGAGGCACUACGGCGGCCUCAAGGACCAGGACCGCAUCUUCCAGAACCUCUACGGCCGAUACCCCCCCGACCUGAAGCACGCAAAGAAGAUGGGCGACUGGCACAAGACCAAGGAGAUCGUGCUCAAGGGCCACGACUGGAUCAUCGGCGAGAUCAAGGCCUCUGGCCUGCGAGGGAGAGGAGGUGCCGGCUUCCCCUCGGGGCUGAAAUGGUCUUUCAUGAACCCCAAGGGCUGGGAGAACGACAAGAAGCCCCGCUACCUGGUCGUCAACGCCGACGAGGGCGAGCCGGGAACGUGCAAGGACCGCGAGAUCAUGCGCAAGGACCCCCACAAGCUGGUCGAGGGCUGCCUCAUCGCCGGCCGCGCCAUGAACGCCACCGCCGCCUACAUCUACAUCCGCGGCGAGUUCGUCUACGAGGCCGCCAUCCUGCAGGAGGCCAUCAACGAGGCCUACGCCGACGGCCUGAUCGGCAAGAACGCCUGCGGCUCGGGCUACGACUUUGACGUCUACGUCCACCGCGGCGCCGGCGCCUACGUCUGCGGCGAGGAGACGAGCCUGAUCGAGUCGCUCGAGGGCAAGCCCGGCAAGCCCAGGCUCAAGCCCCCCUUCCCGGCCGCCAUCGGCCUCUUCGGCUGCGCGUCCACCGUCACCAACGUCGAGACCGUCGCCGUCGCCCCGACCAUCUGCCGCCGCGGCGGCAGCUGGUUCGCCGGCUUCGGCCGCGAGCGGAACCAGGGCACCAAGCUCUUCUGCAUCAGCGGCCACGUCAACAACCCCGUCACCGUCGAGGAGGAGAUGAGCAUCCCGCUGCGCGAGCUCAUCGACAAGCACUGCGGCGGCGUCCGCGGCGGCUGGGACAACCUGCUCGCCGUCAUCCCGGGCGGCUCCUCCACCCCGGUCCUGCCCAAGCACGUCUGCGACGACCAGCUCAUGGACUUUGACGCCCUCAAGGACAGCCAGUCCGGCCUCGGCACCGCCGCCGUCAUCGUCAUGGACAAGAGCACCGACAUCGUCCGCGCCAUCGCCCGCCUGUCCCACUUCUACCGCCACGAGUCCUGCGGCCAGUGCACGCCCUGCCGCGAGGGCAGCAAGUGGACCGAGCAGAUCAUGAGCAGGUUCGAGAAGGGCCAGGGCCGCCUGCGCGAGAUCGACAUGAUCCAGGAGCUGACCAAGCAGGUCGAGGGCCACACCAUCUGCGCUCUCGGCGAGGCUUUCGCAUGGCCCAUCCAGGGCCUCAUCCGACACUUCCGGCCCGAGCUGGAGAGGCGCAUGCAGGACUUUGCACAGAAGAACGGCGGCGAGGCUCUGGCCGGCGGCUGGGCGCACGACACGAGGGCCAAGGGCCAGCUCGUCUCCCCCGGCCAGUAAGUAAAGGGGGGCUCAUGUGUGUAGAUUGAGAUGUUUCAAGACAUGAGGUAGUGUUGGUUCGCAAGUAGCGGCGUACGGUGGUCUGAGAGGUUGAAAACAAAGAAAUCUUUUUUCAAAAACCCUGACUUUGUACAUUGUUCCUACGUCAGUAGUUGUGGUAGAACUUCCUUUGGGAAUGUACUAUACUUGUGUGUGUGUGUGUUGUUGCCAGAGGGUAUGAUUCCUUGUGCAGUGUGCAUGUGCAGCUGUGAUGCUGCCUUUUCUGACCAGCCCCGGGCCAUUAGCUGUGAUCAUUAAACGAGUGCGUGCUGUAACAAUCAAUCAUCUUGGACACCAACCUGAGUGGUUGAAAAGUUACAAGCGUGCCUCCUCUCGUUGAGAAACACUUGUAUCCCAAAUGAAAGCUGCUUUAGCUGGUAUGCCUCUUGAUUCCAGAAAGAUCACUCGGGAGUUUCGAUACCACACCAACCACAGAGCGGUAGCAAAAAAAGGGGGAAGG